GGCUGCUGCUUCUAGCGCUGGCUGGCCCGCAUCCCCGGAUGAAAAAGUCGGCCUGCUGUCAGGCAGAUGAGUAAUGGCGAGCAAGUGGUUUUCGUCGGUUUGAGGUUAUCUAGUAAUUUGCCGAAGAGGUAUUCCCUCGCCGCCCAGUGAUGCGCCAUGGUGUGCAAAGAAGAAAUAUAUUCGUGGUUUAAACAGUUAAAUGGUGCGGUAAGGAUAGAUACCAUGUGUGGUUUGCUCAACUUGUGCUUACCCUUGGAGCUGCGGUUUUUGGGCACUUGCGUAGAAGAUUUAGCUAGCAAGGACUACGCGUACUUCCGAGAAGCAGAACUGCGCGCAAAUAACUUCAACGAGCUGUCCAAGUGCACCAAUGUUAGGGACGCUGUAUCGCGAAGUAAGCUGAUCACUUCGCUAGCCUUGCUGCACCUCUCCAACCGCAGUUGCUCGCAUGCAAUCUUCGAAGCCCUGUUCGAAGAGAUGAAGUGCGCCAAACAUGAGACGUACGACACAAAGACCCUGGAAGAGAUGCUGCUUCUGUUCACCAUGGCCACGCAUCAUCCGUCGUUCAGCUUUGACGAGCGCUCAGAGUUCGUCAAGUUCCGCGAAAAGCUGGAGAGUCUUUGGGCAGCUCAGGGCAUGGCUGUGGCAGCCCCCGUCGAGAGCUACAUGGUUCCUUGCGUGCCCUACACUAUGCCCUUCAUGCCUCCCUAUCCUGUACCGGCUGAUGCAGUAGCACCUCCACCUUAUGUGCAAGGCUGCAGUCGUGCCCACAGUGUGCAGAAAGCACGCCUCUCUAGUAUUGAGGUGAAGCCUGAGCCUCAGUGUAAGAGGUCAGUCAAACUGAGCCUACAGUGGUCGGACAGACACCAGACAGAGGUGGUGCGUUCAUUUCAGGAGAUCUCUGGCCUUUCUCAGAAGCUCUCUCGUCUGAGUGCUUCUGACCCAUCGUGUAGUGGAAAGGCAAUUCCUCAGCUACCGGCCUGCGUAGAAAAAAAUGAGGAGCUGGAUGGAAUGUUCGAACUCUCGGAAUAUUUCAACUGGGUUGCGAGCCUUCCACCAAGCUACCUGGAGAAUGAAUUGGUGGGCCCUUUCUUUGAGCCAACGCCGUGUGGCAAGCCUGGCUUCGUGCCCUCUGCUGCUGUGGUGCCCGAGACGAGCUUGCCCAUGGCUCCUGAAGAUCCUCGUGUGGGGCUGCUGGCCUUCUAUGGGGGCAGUGCAGAUGCCCCAAUAACCAGAGCACCGCCUCUUCUGGCCCCAACUGUUGGCUCCAUGAUGCCACCUAUCGUGGGUCCCAGUGUGAACUGUGCAGGUCAGGGCACUGAGCAUGCGGGACCAUCGCCAUGCAACUCUCCUCUCUCCUCGGCACCAGCGUCGCCCUAUGAAUCGCCACCAACAUCGGGCUGCAACUCGCGUGCCACAUCUCCUUGGACUGGUACUGCUGUGACGAGGAUGCAUUGGGAUGGUACACCAGCAUCAGUUGAAGAGCUGCUGCACCGUGCUCAUCUCAAGAAAUACUAUCACAUGUUUAAAAACUGCACCCUCGAUGAUGUUCUAGCCAUGAAUGAAGAGAGUAUGAAGCAAAAAGGCCUUCCUGCUAGUUGUUCAAGGAGACUGCUCAAAGAAAUUGCCUCGUUGAAGAGCCACACCAAUGGAUUGCUGAGCAACCGUACCGUGAACGCCGGGACAGCAGCUGCUUUUAGCCAUGCUAGUGGGGAGAGUUCUACCACAUCCUGCUCUUCAGAGUGUUCCAGCCCUUCUCCUCCACCUGCACUCAAAGCCGUCCGCACACACAGCCCAGCUAGUUCAGGCUCGGAUGACAGCACACAACCAUCAACUGGUAGCUCCUAUGGUCCAGGUGGUGCUAAAUGGCCUGCUGCCUGCGAAGUCGCUGAGGCUGCUGCCAGUGUGAUACCACCUGAAGCUGCCCGCCUAGGAAGCCAGCCACCAUCAGUGAUGCCCCUUCGGUACCCACCUCCUGGCUCUGUCCUGGUGGAGCCUCAGCACCGGUUUUUGUUGCUCACUGAUCGGCCAGCCUAUGGCCCAUCUCGUGCGCCAGUGCGUGCCUUGGCACCAGUCGUGAAGACUGCCACGGAUGGCGUAUCCCAUAGUAACCCCGCAGUGACAACCACAGCAACCUUUGGGCCCAUGUACAGUGUGGGAAUAAUGCCAGCAGGAGUGUUCCCACAGCACUCAUUUCCCCCGUUCCUACAUGCGGGCCACCAGAGCAAUGGCUACUUGUCAUUCCUGUCAGGUGCGGGCUAUGUGGCCCCACCUACAACGGCAGCAGCCUAUGUUCCCCUAGCCACGUUUGGUGGGCCCUCUGUGGUGGUGCCUCCUCCCCCCACCAGUGCCAAGGUGGCCAGCUGCUACAACUGCGGCCUGGUUGGUCAUCGGGGCCACGAGUGCAAAGAGGCCACAGUGGAAGAGGCCACCAAGUCCGCCCAGUUUCGACUCCACUUUGCACCUGCUGGAGCAGCUCCUGAGGCGCAGCCAUGAGGCCAGCUUUAAAUAUACCUGUGUACAUAUGCCCCAACUCCUUGCUCGGUGCAGAAGGGACUGUCACCCGGCAUGACAACUGCUGUGCAGUGGCAACCAGCCAGUCUCCCCAUUCAUGGUUUAGUGCAAACUGUGGGCUAGUUCACUCUGUGUUCAGCAUGCUUUGCUGCCUCUCCACAGGAUCCCACUCUGUGCUUUCUCAAGUUGCUUAAUGCUGUUACAGGGAGACAUUGGCGAACUGAACUUGUCUUUACUGAAGUCUCUGGCAUAGCUCUAACAAUGCCUGUUUUACGCCCAGUGUUUUAUGCUAGCAGCCAUUUUUAGUUACUAUUUAUAAGCUUUCACCCUCGAUUGCCCGGCUUUAUGGGCUCUGCAGUGUCAGUGUUUUUGUCAGCUGUGUACGCUGUGUUUUUAGCCUCAAGUUUCUGGGUUAGCCCAUCGUACUUUUAUUGUCACAAGUCUUGCCAUUCCAUUUCAUACAGCCAAUUGUGACCCCUUUUUAGUUACACAAUAUUUUCCUGCAUUGCCAGUGAAUGACUGGGGUGACUGGGUGGUUUGUCAUGUUGAACAUGUGAUGAGAAUUACUUAAAAAAAAAAAAAGUUACCACUCAGCCAAAGACAAGUUGAAUCGUCACAUCGGACUGUGCCCACUGGAGAAAUACCUUUUUGAUGCUGCAAUGUCCAUACUCUACACCUGCAUCUCCUCUCCCUCUUCAAGAUUUUUUUCUUGCUACCUGUUUUGGCUUGCAAGUGUCAUUCUGGACUUCUUUUGCGCUUGUUGGUGUUUGUCUAGUCAGGUGUUUCCUUUGACAACAUCAAAAGCAUUCCCAGUUUUUUAUCACUAGUAUGUUGCAGUCUGAUCAAAUGUUUUUGCAAGCAAGAAGUGCUGUGAAACAAGAACUGAGACACUUAUGACCACCAUACUUAUAAUUUUUGUGCUAUUUGGCACUUUAUAUCAAGAGAAGCUCUCUUCAGCAAAGAGUGCAAAGUGAAAUAUGUAAGCACCAGAUUUGCUUGCAUUUCACUUGAGUGGGAUGCUGACUGUCUGGACGAACGCAAAGCCACAUCUCAUCUUGUGGACCCUAGUCCUUAUGCGUUUUGAAUGUGCUCGUGUGGUUGGCGUUAUUUUUCUGCCAUAUUGCACUAUUCCAGUGUUUGUGACACGAGUGACGCGUAUCUGCUUGUGUAGCCCACGUUGACUACAUGACUUCCCUACCAUGUGAACACCGUGGUGCUCUCUAAACUUGAGCUGUCUUUUGUGAAAUGUUUUAAGCACUAGAUCUGUUGUAAAUCCUCAGCUUAGCGUUGCCACACUAGAUGGUGAAUGCUGAAUGUACAGUCAUGUUGCCUUUAUAAAUGGUGUUAUUUUUGCACAUUUCGAAGUUGAUGGCACUGUACUGUGCCAAAUGCAUGCCAGCAAUGUCCAAAAUUAGGGACGCUUAAUUGGCCGUGCUUUGGUACUUUAUUUUGAGGUAUAAAGUUGAAAGUUGUGCGACCAUACAGGCCUUGUUUGUUUUUUCAUUUGUUGAUGUGGUUUCAAAAUGUACAGCUCUCACUGAUACAGUAGAACAACGCUUUGCUAUGAUUAGAUGUGCUACCUGAGCAUACAUAUCAUGAUUGCUUUGGCUGUUGAAGCUCCCCAUUGUCCCGGUUGAGUAACCAUGUUUUAAGUUGUUUAAUUAACAGUGACACAGAGCAAAGCUGUGCCACCUUCUGGCCUCACUUGUAGAGGAGGUCAGAGUUGAGUUAAUGGUACUCUUAGGUGCUUCACACAAGCAAUUUUGCAAAAUCGCUGCCUGGAAAACAAGUUGAAAAAUGCCUAUCUGCUUGAGUGUUCUGCUGCUACUCCCUCAGUGAGUUGACUGUGUGGGUUUGCUUUUCCAAUUUGUUGUGCAGAGUGUGUGUGUGUGCGUGUUUUUUUAUGUUUAAAAGCUCAAUACUUGAAUUUAACAUAUUUCAUUAAACAUGGUUAAAGUGAUUAAAGUGUUAUGUUGUAUGCCACAAAGUCACCACUGCAGACUGUUGACAUCUCUCUUGGUGCAUGUGGAGGGGAUUGAAUCGCUGAGAAUGUGUUGAUUGCUGUCACACAUUCAUCUACACUUUGCCCUGUGAUCAGAGUUAUGCAUGUGCUUUAUGGUCAUUCACCACUUUGCAAGCUCACUGUACAACCUAGAGCUCAUGUUCCAAAUUUUCUUUGUCAGAAUCUGCAGGCUUGUGGGGCAUUAUUUGUUCGAGUGAGUAUUUUGAAAUGUUUUUCUUUUUUUUUUACUACUGCAGUAUUACUGGUCUUAAUGGCUGCCUAGGUCCCCUCCUUUCCUCUUCCAGUAAAUUUUCUUUUUUAUUUCUGAAGAUAUUAAUGCAGCACUAGGAACAACUCAGUUUCAUUUGAAAUCAGUCUAGCAGGCUUUUUCCUUUUGCUUGUAUAGUUGCAAGUAAUUGGUGUUUUGUGUUUUUUCCUUAGCAUAGAAUACCCCUUUCCUGCAAAAAGUGAAAUAUCAUUGAACAGCGAAUGUCUUCCCUUACUGCAAAACACCCAACCUCCAUUUGUCGCGCCAACGUUUCCAUCUACUAUACCCCCUCCUUCCCUUCUUUCUUUCCUGUCCUUUCUUUGCACACAAGCUUGCUCCUCUCCUCCUCCACUUUUGAGGUUGGGAGACAGUGAGCAAAGUGUACAAGAACACGCUGUAAGGAAGCAAGUUGCUGCUCUGGCAAAGACAAGUCCUCUUGUCGAAACAUUCAGCUCCAGUGACUCCCUAUUCAAUGAUUUUUCAUCGCUUCAAGCCUCCAUCUUCCGCUGAACUUCUGUCUUGUUUCGAUUUUUAUUUGCUACUAGAAAUAUAAGGGGUGCAAUGAGUGCUUGAGAAUGUUUGCCAGAAAAAAGGCGCUGUAUUUGUUUAAUUACUGUCAAGCGUUGAGUUGCUCAUUGAAAAUCACCUAUUGGCUUGCAAGAUGCAAACAAACAUGCUGAGAACACUUUUUUUGUUCCGUUUUGAUGCCUACGGUUCCCUGCCUCAGUUGAUUCUGCCUGGAUUUAGCUUGUAUUGCACAUAAAUGGUGAAUUAUGUACCUUGUGCUGGUUUGCUUAAUAGACUACAGGACACAUAGAAGUAACAGUAGUGGAAGCAAUUGUGGCAACGCUUAAUUGAACAUCUCAACAUUUAAGUAAGAGACGAACAUCACUCGGUGACAGGUGAAGAACAGUCGAGACGUCAAGUGCACUCAUUCUCAUUCAAUACUGCAGCUGAAAAGCUGAGCAAGGCAUUCAAUGCCAUGUUGUCAUAAGAGCAUAAUGCUGGUACACAAUUGUAAACAAACAAGGUAAAACUGCAUAGCCAGUAUGUGGAGCAUACGUGAAUGCACCCUUAAAUGAUCAAGAUUCAGGGAUGGCAGUGAACUUUGUGUAAAUGCUCCGUUUCAUAUAGGUUUAUGAUGUGUUGUUUCAUUAACUGCCUGCUUAUCAAUGCACAACAAAGGUGGAAGUGCAGUGGUGGCCUGUUUUCCAUUGAAAUAAAAUAUGUUGAUGUCA